AUGUCUUACUCCGGCGUCUACGGUCCGCCCAGCAAUGCAAACUCCGACUUGGAUGAGCAACAGCAGAAAUAUGUCAAGAUGAUGCAGAGUGGGAUGGAAUCUUGUGUCGUCAAAGCUAUCAUGGCCGGAGGAAUGGGCUUCGCUCUCGGAGGCGCUUUUGGGCUCUUCAUGUCCAGUAUGGCGUACGACACGCCUCUCUCCGCACAAGGACAAGCAAUCACAUCCCUCCCAGUGAAGCAACAGAUACGGCAGGGCCUGAAAGACAUGGGAUCAAAAUCCCUCUCCUCGGCCAAGAACUUUGGCAAGAUCGGCCUAUUAUACAGCGGCGUGGAGUGCACUGUAGAAGGCUUCAGGGCGAAAUCAGACCUCACAAACUCGGUGGCCGCUGGCUGUAUAACGGGUGCCAUUCUCGGCUAUCCUGCAGGGCCGCAGGCGGCGGCACUCGGCUGCGGCGGUUUUGCGGCCUUUUCGGCUGCUAUCGAUGCUUAUAUGAGGAUGCCGGAGAGCGAUUGA